CCCGUACAGUAUCUGGUAGUGGCACUACAACUGUCAUCAUAAAGACACCACACCAAGAUCUUGACUGAAAAGAGUUCAACCGGAGAAGUUUGUACAAAAAAGAAAUGAGGUUUUCAAUUUACAUGACAAUGCUCCUUCUUUGGGUGAGCCAAGACCCGACCAAAUGUGAGAAAACAGGGGUAGUCCUUGACACCAUAAGGGUUGCCGUAGGAGAACCAUUAACGUUGAACUGCACAUACGACUGUUCCCCUGGGUUUGUCCGUGGCUGUUGGAGUCCUGAAGAAGUCUCUGGCACUGCAGGAUGUUUGGGUACAAUCACCCAGAAUGAAGUCUGCACCGUAUCUCUACAGUUUCCAAACAUUUCUAUCGAAGAUGUCGGCUCCAUCCAAGUCUGCUACUCUGAGAACACAGCUCACCCGGAGCUGAAGCGACAAAUAGAGCGUAGGGUGGAGCUGCAGAUUCAUGGCCAAAGAGACAUUCCCAGUUGGACCACAGGUUCUGACACGGCAAGCACUGAAAUCAAAUGGACUGAAAUGAUAACACCCUCAAUUCCCACCCAACCAAAGGAUUCAGGGGAGGUGGCUGGAAUGAAUACUCUGCAAAGAUCCAUUGCAAUUGUUGGCAUUGCCCUUGUGGGGUUAGGGUUUUUCCUCUUAGUAAAGUAUAAAAGGAAGGGCGGCCCUGUUGAUUCAGUAAAGGAUCGGCCUAUAUCACUAGGUUCCCAUGCCAACCGAUCACCUGCUAGAGAGGACCAGAGCGACAGCGAGGUGGCUUACGCUGACAUCGUGAUCACUGUCCGAGGGGCGAGCUCACCAGAGCUCGCGCAGAUAUGUUACGGCAGUCACGAAGACCAAAGAGAGCGCUGGAGAGAUGAGACGUACCUGAGCCCCUUCCCUGCGUCUCACCUGCCGCAGAUCUCGCGCUCUGCUGACCGACUCAACGUGAUCCCGAGAGAAAUCUCGCGUAAACUGAGCACCAACUCAGAGUAUGCAAUUAUUACGUAUUCGUGAUUGAGAUGGCCUGCUAGGACAAACUUAAUGUAUUAAAUCCAUGCCUGACUUAAAUGCUUGAUUCUAAUUAUGUACAUGUUGGUUUUAAUAGUGUGUAUUAAAAUAAACGAAACAACUGUGUCUUGGGUUUCUCCUUUGGGCAGGGGGACCUCUUGGGUCUCCGUACAUUAGUUUCGUUGCAUAGCAACUAUCCUAAACAAAACUGAUGUUGACGUGCUCUCUAGUGUCUCACUGCUACUCAGUUGUUUAAGGCGAUUUAAAAGCCCUACGUGGUCUGAGAGAGGAUGGCUGUACCUUUCUCCAACACACACCUACGAGUUCCUCGUGGGUUUGGCUCCAUCCUGGAGGGGCUGGCGAGGGAAGUGUUGAGAAACCAGCCUGAAGACAUCCCUACUUAUGCCCUUCUUUACUUUGAAGGCCUUCUUAAAGAAAGAGAAGAGAGUGGCUUGGACCCUGCUGAGUGGGCGGCAAAAAUCGAGGACAGAUUCUACAACAACCAUUCAUUUAAGGCUAUUCCACCUGCAACAGAUGUUACAUCCAACACUGAAGAAAGGUCAAAAACUGAAAAUCAAGAAGGUGUUCAAGUAGCCUCACCCCACACAAGGCACCCUGAUGGUUUCACUGAAUAUGUUCAAGAAGAGAGUGAUGAUCGAGGAACAGUAGAGAAGGUCAAAACUGAAGAGGAGCUCUCACCAGAAGAGUCAGAUGACAUACUCCAAGUUGCGGGUGUUAGCAGUGAAGAUUGUGGCAGGGAAAAAGAGGAUGAAGAACAAACGCUUUUCACUGCAUAUGAUAAAGUUGAUCAGGAAUUGAUAGAAAGUGACAUCCAGUUUUCGACAGACAAAGAUAUCAGUCAGUCUGAAUUGGAUAACACUAGUUUGUUAUUAUCCCGAGGCGAUUCCAUGAGAGAUGUGUGCGCUGAUGAGUUACAAACAAUUGAACACGGCGAAAAACCACCCAUACAAGAACAAGAGAACAAUUUAUCAGGUGACGAGAUUAGAGACACAUCGGACAUCGACCAAAGUGCUGAUGCUGGAAAUGUUAGACAGGAGUUUCCAUAUUCUGGGCUAGCAGAUGUGGAUGUGUGUGCUGAGGAACUUCAGCAGACAGACAAAGCAAAUGUGGUAGAUGAUUACCAUAAUGCACCUUCUACCAAAGAGGAAGACCUUCCUGGGGGCUUAUCGCUGUCCCAAAACCAAACACAAACACCUUCCCUAGAAGAUAUGGAACCUCAGGAGAAGAAAACACUGGAGAACCAAGAACUAAUUGAGACACAUCCUCUAGAAACCCAUGAACUUGUACUUUCCACAGGAAAUGCUGGUCACCAUACGAAGGAAAUUGAGAAUACGUUAGCUACUGAUGCUGCUCCUCAGGAGGAGGCCUUAGUUGAGAUUAACUUUGAUGAUGUCCCCGAAGUUCACCAGAUAGUUGAGACUGAAGGUCAGACAGAAGACGGAUCUUCGGUCUUGGAACACAGUGAGCAGCGACCAGAGAGCCAGUUGGAUGAGGACAUCGUUGGGGCUCGGUCUGGUCAUGGGGAAGAUGGUUUACAAUACAGUGAUGAGCCCACCUCUGAAACAGAGGGACAAGAGAAGGAAGUGAAGGCCGAAAGGGAGGAAAUAGACGACAAUGAGGCUGCAGACAUCAGCCUGAAGUUGGACACAAGUGAACUAGCCUUGAGCAAUAUUGGUUACAAAGGAGAUUUAGAUGGAACAAUUUUAUCAAGCAAGGCCACUGCAGGUUUGACAAAUCUUGAGCUAAAAACUGAUUUUGAUAACGAUGAUGAAACAGACAACGCGGACGCAAGUGAAGUUGAAAACCAGGGCAAUAAGGAUCCUGAAAGACUGAACGCAUCCAAUGAGACAGACGAUCCACCAGAAGACGCCAUUGAUGAUGAGA